AUGACCCAAACCAAUAUCCACAUUCCAAGCCUUGGAAACACCAAUGUAUUCACCCGGACAUUGAGCAUAGAUGACCUGAAGAGCUGCGUAAUCGUCGAAAGCGCAUUUUCCGAGCAAGAGCGCUGCUCCGAGGAAAAGUUCCGCUAUCGCCUGAGCUCUUGUCCAGAUCUCUGCCUGGGUCUAUUUGUCAACAACGAAGAUGAAAAGCCCCCCACACUGAUUGGCCAUGUCAUUGCAAUCCGCUCGCCAUACGAGCUCGUGACAGAUGGCUCGAUGUCCAUGCCGGAGAAUUGGGAAUCGUUGCCGAAUGACGAGCCUGUCUUUGUAGAUGGGGAGCUAAUUGGGAAUCACAAGUAUGGUGAUUCAAUUGCUAUUCAUUCUGUUGCUAUUUCACCUGAUUAUCAGGGAAAGAGGGUGGGUAGGGCGCUUGUUAGUGCCUAUGCUCGGCAUCUUGAAAAUGGGUCAUUUGGAGCGAGUAGAGCUGUGCUAAUUGCUCAUGAUUAUUUGGUGAACUUUUAUGAGAGUGUUGGGUUUAAGAAUUUGGGGUUGAGCAAGUCUAGCUUUGCCGGGGGUGUUUGGUAUGACAUGACAUAUGAGCUUUGA